AUCUGCUAUCUGAUAUCAUCUUUUGAAUUCAAUGGAUUCUGAUUUAGUGAGAUCAAUUCAUACUUCAUAUGCUCGUCGAAUGAUUUACUAUUGCUACACAAAACUGAUGCUGAAAAUUAAGCUAUUCAAAUUGCUCGAACGUCUGAUAUGUUUUGAUGAGUAUGAAGCUUAUCGUAAAAAUCAACGUCGAAGAUGCUUAAGGUUUCACAGAGAAACGGUUGUUGACAAGUAUGAUUAUGGAAGCAAAUCGAUAAUCAGCAACAAAGAGCAACAGUUUAUCUCCAGCUUUAAUCUUGCCCAGGCCCAUGCUGAGGCCGAGGCUGAAGCUCAAGCUCAAGCUCAAGCUCAGGCACAGGCUCAGGCUCAGGCACAAGCUCUGUCUCGAUACAACAAUGCCCUUGAUGAAGCCAUCUAUGGUUCUGAUGAAUUCCGCAUGUACGCUUACAAGAUCAAACGCUGCACCAGGAUGCGUAGCCACGAUUGGACGGAGUGCCCCUACGCCCACCGUGGUGAGAAGGCUCAACGCCGGGACCCUCGCAAGAUCCCCUACACCGCCAUUGCCUGCCCUGCCUUCCGCAACGGGAAAUGCCAAAAGGGCGACGCCUGCGAGUUCGCUCACGGCGUAUUCGAGUACUGGCUGCACCCCGUCAAGUACCGCACGCGUGCAUGCAAUGCUGGCAUGUUCUGCCAACGUAAGGUUUGUUUCUUUGCCCACACACCAGACCAGCUGAGGUCCGACUCCAAAUUCAGCGGCCCUUUUGCACACAAGGGGAGGAUGGUGAUGAAAAGGGGAGGAGAUCAUCAGCUGAUGAUGAUGAUGGGGUCUCCAUCAGGUAGUGUAGAAGGUUCCACGUCAAUGCAGGCACAGUAUGUGGAGCCAUCACCACCACCACCACAUCAACUGGAAGGGGUUUCGACUUUGCUCAAGAGUUUGAGGGCAUUGAAGAUGAGGGAAGAUGAGGAAAGGGAGCUGAAUAAUAAGAAAAAUAAGAACAAGAGUAUUAAGUAUGAGGAUGAGGAUGAGGAUGGGGACGGGGACGGGGACGGGGUUGAGAUGGCGGAUAUGGAUUUGCCACAUCUUGACUGGAUUACAGAGUUAGUGAAAUAAAUAGCAUGCAGUGUAAGACUGAAAAUAGUAAAAAUCGAGAGUAAAUCAAGGGUGGGUUUAAUUAAUGUAAUGUGCCGUUUUAUGUAAAGAUUGUUUAAUGUUUAUGUAAUGUUUGUGCUUGAGUUUCCUAUGUUCAAAUGAUUUUCACUUCUCUUUAA